CCCCCCAAGGAGCUGGCAAGCGGGUCCCAACGCCUGCCGCCUUUGUGAAGGGGGGGGAGCAGGCGCUGCCCUCCUUGGUAGCAGCCCCUCCCUCUGUCCCGCAGAAGAAGAAGAGGUGGACAAGAUGAUGGAGCAGAAGAUGAAGGAGGAGCAGGAGCGGAGGAGGAAGAAGGAGAUGGAGGAGCGCAUGUCCCUGGAGGAGACCAAGGAGCAGAUCUUGAAGCUGCAGGAGAAGCUGCAGGCCCUGCAGGAGGAGAAACAUCAGCUCUUCCUCCAGCUCAAGAAAGUCCUCCACGAGGAGGAGAAACGCCGUCGCAAGGAGCAGAGUGAUAUGACCACCUUGGCGGCGGCGGCCUACCAGCAGGGGAUGGCUGUGCACGCUGGGGCCCACAUCCUCAACAUGCAAGGGAGCCCAAGCGGGCACAACAGAGCGACCACCCUCAUCCCGGCUGACCGUGUCAAACAGAUGUUCGGGCCGCCGGUUAUCACGACCCGACAUUUUGCAACCCAGCCGGCUUUCCCGGCUGGCACCCCGGAACACGGGCAGUACCAGAGCAGCCAAACCGGGCACAGCCCCUACGCCGUGGGGCAGAGCCAGCACACGGUGCCCGUCAGCUACGCCAGCAGCCAGUCCAUCCGAGGCCCGUCGGCUUUCUCCACGAUGCAGUAUUUGCCCCAGCAACAAGCUGGUUAUGCCAUUCACGGUCACUUCCCCACUGCCCAAGCAGGUUUCAUCCCGCCAAGCAGCACUAUCCCUCUUCAGAAGCAGCUGGAACACGCCAAUCAGCAGUCCGGAUUUUCCGAUUCGUCGACCCUCCGCCCGAUGCACCCCCAGGCCCUUCAUCCGAACCAGGGACUCCUCCAGGCCUCGCAGCUCCCCGUCCAGAUGCAAACCGCCGCCAAGCCAACUCUGGCUUACACUCACACGGCCCGGCCUGCAUCGCCCGGCAGCUUCCCACAGCAGCCCCACACGUCCGGCUACCAGGCCUCUCCCCAGACAGCACCCCGGCACCCUUUCAUACAGCACCCCCAAGGUCAACGGUUCUACCACAAGUGAGCCUGGCACACCCUCCAAGACACACACACACACACACACACACACACACACACACCCCACACAUACACAUACACCAUUGGCUGCUUCAGCGUCCUUCCCCGGCACGAAAACCUGGAAGGUCUCCCUCGGACGAGUGUCAAAAUCCUUUUGAUUUUCUCCUUCCUGCCUUUCUCCAGAAACGUCACGAAUUUUACACACACACACACACACACACACACACACAAAACAAUGGGAUCGUGACAAAACGCAUCCUGCCGCUUUCGUUUUCGAGGUGGGUGGUUUAUUCCAACCUCCCAUAGAGUUGGGGAGGUUGUGGGAGGGGUGUGUGUGCAAAUGACGCUACACAAUGAAGAAAUCAAUACCAGUUGUGUAUAUAUUGUGAUAUAUAAUGCAUUGCAUCCAAUUUUCCUUCCGGAUCUUGGGUGCUAAAGGGG